AUGACUAAGAGGCCGGGGUCCCCGAGUAGGGAUCAAGAGACCCCUCUCCGAGCAGCAGAGAAAUUCCUGGUUUUCAAGCGCAACUUCAAUGCUACACGUGACCAACUUUCAACUCAAAUCACUUUAUACCCUGAAGGCGAUUGGCGAAUUGGCUACUGUAUUCGUCCCAAUAUUGAAUCACCGGAGAACAGUUCCCAUCCGUUUUGUGUGAUUACUAUGGUGACCAAGCAUAUUUGCUUUGCUGCCGAAGUGGCCUUCCAAAAACGGAGGUCUUGA